GUCCAAGAUGCUGUCCUUGGCAAGUGGGUCAAUGACCCUCAUCGUAUGGACAAACGUCUUUUAUCACUUAUCUUUUUGGCUCAUGCAUCAGAUGUCCUGGAGAAUGCUUUUGCUCCUCUCAACGAUGAUGAUUAUGAGCUAGCAAUGAAGAGAGUGCGAGAGCUGCUUGACUUGGACUUCGAGGCAGAAAGUAUGAAGCCCAACACCAAUGAGACAGUGUGGGCUGUGUUUGCGGCUUUCACAAAGUAGACUAGAGGAGAAUACAUGUUGCAUAACCUUUUUAAAUUUUUGAACGUCGAGCACAAGGAUGGAUAAAUAGAAUUCCAUUUUUAAUUCUUGAAAGAAACAUUAAAGUUAAAAGCGUUCUGUUUGGGGAAAUGGGAAAUAAAAUACUUGAUAUUGAUUGUCAAAAAAUUUCUUUCACUUCAAACAUUGUAUAUAAUGAAAUAAGGUACUUGUAAUAUUAGUAAUUUCAAGUGAAUUUCAAGUGUAAGUUGACAUGCAAAGAUUAAAUAGUUCUUGUCCAUAGGUUCGCCUGUGACUCGUGGAAAUUUCAUUCUCCCCAGCCUUCUGACUCAGGUGAUAAGUUACACAUUAUUUGUGCAAAAUUUCUAGUGCUUCAGAAGUGCAAAACUUCCAAAAUCAACAUGGGUAUUCUCUAUUAGUAGUAUUUAUUCUUGUUACUGCAUUUGUUAUUUUCAGUUUAAUCAUUUCAUUUUGUUAUACAUACAACUUUUAUCUUAUUUUCCAUUGAUUUGUAUAUUUUGUAAUCCAUGUAUGCUAAUGGUUUGUAUAGUAUAUUUGGGUGUACAAUGCCUAAGUGACACAGUUUGAGCAAAUGGCUACAAGUUGUAAUAUAAUUGCUUUGAACAAAAGUUUGCAAAGAUGGUUACUACCCUGUUCACUAGUUCUCCUCGCUGGGAGCCACAAAGGUGCCACUGAAAGAAUUCCUUUAAUAUUCUUGAAUAGUUUUAAGAGAAAUGUAUGGGUGUUGCCGCUAUGGAUUAUUGCUAGACAUGUAUGCAGCACUUUUGUUAUUUGAAUUGAUGCAGAUUUUAUUUAUUAUGCGUGUGCCGGAUAUUGUAGAAAUGAACUGUUUGCAUAUAAAAUAAAUAAAAGGAGAGAUGAUUAUCUUUGUGUCUUUAAAUUUGUUUAGACAUAGAAUAUUCAGACUGCACGUUUGUUUUAAAACAUUUGGGGAAAACACAGAUUAGGAAAAAUGGUUUGGACUGCUAAAUUGCUUUUAGUUUUUAUAAAUUAAGCAAAUCAAAUUUUUUUUAAGCAUUCAUUUGAUUGUUUGCAUCUUCAUGAUUUACAUUUCUUUGUUAUUGAGUAUUGUUUCUUUUUAAUCUUGUCUAGUGAGGAAGGGUCUGAAAUUGCACCUUUUUUCUUGCGUCGAAUACUAAUUUAAUAUAAAAAGGAUUCCUUUAUUUUGAGUAUAAACCUUAAAAGUAUGAUAUAUUUGUAAAGUAACUAUGAUGUACUGCAAUAGUUUUAUGUAAUUUAUGCAACUCUGGAGGUAUUUUUCAGGUAAGGCACCCUAACUGCUAGGCUUUAUAUUAAUUGAGGUGAUAGUUCCGGUACUUGUUCAGAAGCUGGUUUUUGAGCCAGUGAUAGUUGAUUUGCAUUCCCCUUUAAAAUAAAGUUCUGGCCACUCAAACUCUACUUUAAUUGCACUAACAUCUGUUGGGUUGAGAUGGAAGUACAAAAAUUCAUUUGGUAUUCAGGAAACGUAAUUUGUUUUCUCCCUAUCAACUGGGAAAACUAAGUGGUACCUCUUAAUGUUACAUUAAUACAAUUCUUAAAGAGAUAUAAUUGGAUUAUACCGUUACUUCCAGUUGGUGUUCUUAUAUCUUCAAGAAAUUUAAUUUGAAAUUACCUUCACAAUAUAAGCUUAAUGUUGCGGAUACUUCUGAGCAUCCACUCUUUCAUAAUUUCUUCUUGUGUAUUGAUGUAAUUAAUGAUUAAAGAGAUGCUCAUUGCAAAAAUUCAUUGAUAUAUUUGUUCCAUAAUAUGGCAAAGUAAGGAUUAUGUAGUACCAGAAUCCCUCAUUAAAAGAGCCUGAGGAAUAGAUAAGCUAGACAGCUUGAACAGAUGUAACUGCGCCUCAAAUGUAAGUUUUUGAUAUAUUGUGUAUAUAAAUAAAAUAGAUUUCUAUAUCUUGUGUCAGUUUGACAUUUAUCACACCUUGACCGCAAUUCCAAAGUAUUGUUGAAUUUUAAUGCAUUCUCAGUGGUUUUAUUCGUAAGGUUUUUAUCCUUCUCAGGCAGAGGAGAUCAUACAGUUUUUGUGAAAUUCCUUCUCUGUAACUAGAAAAUGUAUAGGAUAUCCAUCUAAAAAAAACUCAGUAGGAUGAUAACAGGAAAGAUGGUUGAAAAGGAAUGUGGUACUUAAGGGAAUGGCCAAAACUGAAAAAUGUAGGGUGUAAAAUUGAGAGAAAUGACCGAUUAAUGUAGUGGAAUUUUUACUUUUGAAUUGUGAAUUACGGUAUUACUUACACACUAGUGCAUUUUUAAACUGAAGAAAAUUUUUUUGGUGCACUUCUGAUUGCAGA